CGCCGGCGCGCGGGGUGGUGGCGCCAUGGCGGACGAGGCGGCUGUGCGGGCGCAGGCGGACGCUGUGCGGCGGCUCAAGCAGGAGAAGGCCGAGCCCGGCGAGAUCUCCAAGGAGGUGGCCAAGCUGCUGGAGAUGAAGGCGCAGCUGGGUGACGAGGGCAAGUCCAAGUUCGUGCUCAAGACCCCAAAGGGCACGCGGGACUACAGCCCCAAGCAAAUGGCCAUUCGGGAGAGAGUCUUCAGUGCCAUCAUUACCUGCUUUAAGCGCCACGGGGCAGAGGUUAUUGACACGCCAGUGUUUGAGCUGAAGGAAACAUUGACAGGGAAGUACGGAGAAGACUCAAAACUCAUCUAUGAUCUGAAAGAUCAGGGGGGAGAGCUGCUAUCCCUGCGCUACGACUUGACUGUGCCCUUCGCUCGCUACUUGGCAAUGAACAAAAUCACCAACAUUAAGCGCUACCACAUUGCCAAGGUCUACAGGAGGGACAACCCGGCCAUGACCAGGGGCCGCUACAGGGAGUUCUACCAGUGUGAUUUUGACAUCGCCGGCCAGUUUGAUCCUAUGAUUCCUGAUGCCGAGUGCCUGAAAAUAGUGCACGAGAUCCUGAGCGAGCUGCAGCUUGGAGACUUUCUCAUUAAGGUCAACGACCGCCGCAUCCUGGAUGGGAUGUUUGCAGUUUGUGGUGUCCCAGACAGCAAGUUCCGGACAAUCUGCUCCAGCGUGGACAAACUGGAUAAGGUACUGGCUGGAGCUCCUAGGCUGUGGCAGUUGCUACUGGGCUUUUGCCACUUUGCACAACUGGGUUCUGUGCUUUCUCCUCCAACAUUCCACAUGGAGCUGACAAAUGGGGAGGAGGGAGGUGGCCUGAAGCUGAUCGAGCAGCUCCUGCAGGACCCCAAGCUGUCUCAGAACAAGCUCGCCAAGGAGGGGCUGGGGGACAUGAAGCUGCUCUUUGAGUACCUGACACUCUUUGGCAUCACGGGGAAGAUCUGCUUUGACCUGAGCCUGGCGCGAGGCCUGGACUAUUACACAGGGGUGAUCUUUGAGGCUGUCCUGGUGCAGCAGGAGAACGACCACGUGGAGGAGCCAGUCAGCGUCGGGAGCGUAGCCGGAGGUGGCCGCUACGAUGGGCUGGUGGGGAUGUUUGAUCCCAAGGGGCGGAAGGUGCCCUGUGUGGGAGUCAGCAUUGGGAUCGAGCGCAUCUUCUCCAUCAUGGAGCAGAAAGUGGAGUCCUCUGCAGAGAAGAUUCGGACAACAGAGACACAGGUGCUUGUGGCCUCUGCCCAGAAGAAGCUCCUCGAAGAGCGGCUGAAGCUCAUCUCCGAGCUGUGGGACGCUGGAAUCAAGGCAGAGAUGCUCUACAAGAAGAACCCCAAGCUACUGAAUCAGCUGCAGUACUGCGAGGACACGGGCGUCCCCCUUGUUGCCAUUGUGGGAGAGCAGGAACUCAAGGACGGAGUUGUGAAGCUGCGGGUUGUGGCCACGAGGGAGGAGGUGAGGCCAGCGGUACCUCGGUGUGGGACUGGCAGCUCCUUAACCCGUCACCACAGCUCAGGGCAGCCCUGA